AUGUCUCAAUUGUUGUCGAUGUCACCCGAAACAGUGGAAGAUGUAUGGGACAGGUUUCAGCGUUUGCUUCAGUCACUUGAAAUAGUUCCAGACAUUCAUUUACCUUCUUACAACCUUGUUGGAUUACAAAAACUUGAGAGUCAUAAUUCUCCUUUUGUGCUAAAAAAACUCUGCCACUAUAUUCGGGUGACUGGGAAAUUGGUGAGUCUGGAGAAUACUAAUGGAGAUCUCAACGUGAGAAUCAAACUUGUGGAGUUCCCACCAGCUAACUAG